AGAAGAAAUAUGUUGUCCUUAUGUUUGAGAAUGAGCUCACACUCCCAGAGCAAAUCACACUUGAGGAAAUAUUCACAGAGAUGGGCAAGUGUUAUAACAUCAGCUGUUUUCCAGUUAAGUUGUCACUUGAAGAAGCCAGUAACCGACUGAAGUCACACAACUGUGCCCAAAAACAGAAGAUCGCUAUACUUCAGCCUGAAGAGGAUGAACUUCCUGUCAUGAGUCAGAUCGCCUUGCUUAAGUUUGAAGAGGAUGAUCUUCCUGUCAUGACUCAGCAGGCCUUGGUGCCAUUUUCGCCCUCUCCUGAUGCCCCUCGAUGUGAAAUUGCAACCCUCAGUGUCUCAGACAGUGAUGAGGACGAUUUGAUAGAGCUCCCUUCAUCGGCCAAAAAGGAAAUCAAAAAACUGGUUGUGUACCCACCUCCUCCAGCUAAAGGAGGUCUAACUAUAACAGAAGAGGACCUCAACUGUCUUGAGGAAGGCGAAUUCCUAAAUGAUGUGAUCUUGGACUUCUAUCUAAGGUAUUUGGUCUGUGAGCAGCAGGAAAAGGAGGAUGCCACCAAGUGCCAUGUGUUCAGUUCGUUCUUCUUCAAUCAUCUCACUCAGGAGGAUCCCAAAAGGCUUCCGGGAGCUACAGAUGUAUCCAUUCAGGAGCGCCGGCACAAUCGAGUGAAAACGUGGACCAGGAAUGUCAACCUUUUUGAGAAGGACUUUAUAUUUAUCCCGAUUAAUCAAAUGGCUCACUGGUACCUGGCUGUCAUCUGUUUUCCUGGCAAGAUUUCACAGACCAGUGAUUUGGAUUUUCGCCUCAAUGGGCGAAGGCAUUCUGUGGAGUAUCUUUUCGAUCAAUCUCCCCCAAAUCCCAUGUCCCUCUUCUACUCUCCAGAAUCCUCAAAACAGCUCUCCAGUUGGAGUCAAUCCAUAGACGACUUUGAGCAGAGUUUCUGCUUCCUUUCAGAUGUUGAGGCUGAGGAUGAUGUUCAGGCUGUCAAGAACAGAUCUGUCCUUAACAGUGUCUCUAAACAGCCAUGCAUUCUCAUCAUGGACUCCCUCACCUGCAGUGGAAGAUCAUCAGUGGUGCAGAUACUCCAAGAAUACUUGCAAGAGGAAUGGAAGGUCAAAAUGGGCUCUCAGCAGAGUUUUGGAAAGGAAGUGAUGAAAGGAUGGAGUCCCCUCGUCCCACAGCAGGAUAACUUUACAGACUGUGGCAUCUACGUCCUACAGUAUGUAGAGAGCUUCCUCAAGGACCCACCACAAACUUUACACACCAACAUGGACCUGAAUAGCUGGUUUUCACGGAGGACAGUGAAGAGGAAGAGGGGGCAAAUCAAACAGCUCAUUCUCAGACUACACAGACAGCAAACAGCUUAAGUUUAU